AUGGACAUUGAACUCUAGUAAUUGGACAAGGUAAAGUGGAAUUCACAAGAGGAUGAUCUAUUAUUGAAAUUGCAAAAGCAUUUCCAAAAUGACUUUUAACAAAUUUCAAGUUAGAUGAAUAAAAUAUUCUUUUACAGCAAAAUGACUCCUGCUUUGUGUGAAUACAGAUGGAGAUAUUAUAUUGAUAGUAACAUAAAUAGAUCUGAAUUCAAUUAAGCAGAAGAACAUAGUAUGUUUUAACAAAUGAAGAAGAAUGACUUAUAUACUAAUUAAUUUUGGUUUGAAUUGUCCGACUAAUUUCAAAAGAGACCACCUAGUGUAUUGAAGGUGUGCACUAUGAAGUUCAUCAUUAAGUACUUAAUUGGAUUGAGUGAGUCUUAUGUGUAAAACAAGGCAGUAAAAAAGAGAUAUCUGGCAAGAAUCAAAUAGUUUAAUAUUGACAUAAUGAUUACAUUCUUUCGAUUAGGAAAAGAGAAGUAGAAGAGAACAGGUCCUCCCACUUUAUUGGGUCAAGGAAUCGAUCAAUGCACUCAACUCUUAUUGUACUUAGAAUAAAUGAUAUCUACUCGGGGUCAAAUGUCUAAGUAUGAUGAUUAGAGUGAACAAGCAUCAAUUAAAUUCCAUUCAAUGAUGGAAUAAUAUUUCAUAAGAUCUCCCCUUAUAAUUAAGGAGAAUAGGCUGAGAGAGAUAAGAUGGAAACUUUGUUGCCAUCUAAGAAGUCUACUCUUAGUUUACAUGAUGACCGAGGUUACGAGGAUCAAGCAUUCGAAUAACUUAAUAAAGAGGAUGUCCGAUUGA